GAGAGAGGGAUCAGUUCUUGGUGAGGCAGCUGAUCGGUGUGCUGGACUCACGCUGCCGAGGAUGUCUGAGGACUUCCAUUAGUAGACCAGACCUGGUUUCCUCAUGAAGGACGGGAGAACAUUGGGGAGGAAUUCACAGAGGAACCAGAGGCCAGAAAAAAAAAAGGGGGUCUUCAGCCGCCUUUGAGAGGAGCCAUGUCCUGGUUGUCACCCGUGUCCUGGGCCAAAUGGACCUGGACCGCCGUGCGAGGAGGGGAGGAAGGGGAGGACGGAGAGGAAGGGAGCGAGAAGGUGCCUAGGGAAGAGGAGGAGGAGGAGGAGGAUGAUGAGGAGCGAUCGCAAGGCUGCAGCUCGGACUCAGAUGGUCACUUCGACACCCCCGAGGCAGCGACCCCCGUCCACGGCCCGUCCGCGGUCCCGGCGGAGCUGGAGAGAACCAACAAAAGAGAUGUGGAGCAAGACCAGGACCUGAUUGUCACAGCUCCAUUUGUGGAGGAUAACAGUUUGUUCUCCCGCAACAUGGGUCAAGAUGAGCCUGGGCAAGACCCACUGGACAAGACCACCAGUAGCCUAGAAGCACAGCAAAAUGGCAACCUGUCAGAGCCCAAAGACUCUCAGCCAACCUUUGAUUUAUUCUUGGACAAAGUGGCAAAAAGUACAGUUCCAAUGACAGAACCGCCUUGUGAAGAGGAACUGCUUCCAGAAGUGGCAAAAAGCACAGUUCCAUUGACAGAUCCACCUUAUAAAGACCCAGUGGUUCCAGAAGUGUCAAAAUACACAAAUCUCUUGACAGAACCACCCUGUGAAGAGGCACUGGUUCCAAAAGUGGCAAAAAGCACAGUUCCGUUGGCAGAUCCACCUUAUAAAGACCCAUCGGUUCCAGAAGUGUCAAAAUACACAAAUCUCUUGACAGAACCACCUUGUGAAGAGGCACUGGUUCCAGAAGAGGAAAAAAGCACAGUUCCAUUGGCAGAUCCACCUUACAAAGACCCAUCGGUUCCAGAAGUGUUAAAGUACACAAAUCUCUUGACGGAACCACCUUGUGAAGAGGCACUGGUUCCAAAAGUGGCAAAAAGCACAGUUCCAUUGGCAGGUUCACCUUAUGAAGACCCAUUGGUUCCAGAGGUCUCAGAAUGUACAGUUCCAUCGACAGAACCACCACGUGAAGAGGCAUUGGUUCCAGAAGUGGCACAAUGCACAGAACCACUUUGUAAAACAAUUGCUUUCUUGGAAAAAGACCCAAAUCCGGAUUUUGCUCCAGUUUUUUCCAUUGUUCCUGCAAUUGGUUCGAUCCAACUCAGUCAAGCAGAACUCAACCCUGCUGGGAGUUUCCCAGAAGAGAAACCUCUUGUUGCUUCAGAAACACGAGGCAAAAGUGUAGUAAACCAGGCAGUUGGGUCCAGCUCAAAAACUAAAACACGCAAAUCCAAACCGCCAUCCUUGGCACUAAAGGACACAUCCAGGGAGGAAGUACAACAAUCAAACGAGGAGGAACAAGAACUUGUUCCCAAAGCUUCUUAUAACUUUGACCCUGACCAGUUAGAUGACUGCUUUAAUCCUUUCACGAGUGGAGGAUCCAAAAUCCAGAACUCUCCACCACCAUGCAGUACAAUAGCCUUCCCAAGACUUGAGCCACUUGGUAGCGCUUUGUUGACCUGUGAGGACAGCGCGGCAGCAGCUUCAGCAGAGGAAUCAACUUUGGGGGCAAAACCCAUGAUGCUGGAGUUUGUUGUGGAUGAGGGCACAGUCAAAAAGCCACCGCCAAAGAAAUUAGGAAACAGAAAGACAACCAGCAAACUCAAAAAGGAAGUAAAACCCAAAAAGCCAGAGACUUCCUGUGAACCUGCACCAGAAGCCGUCGUAUCAGAACCAGUUCCAGACCCAGCAUCUUUUCCUGAGCCAGCUUCAGAAACCCUUUUGCCAGUUUCAGACUCCAUUGUGCCUCUAAACCUGGAAGACGUUCCCAUUCCUCGCAAGGGAACAUAUAACUUUGACCCCUCUCAGUGGGACGACCCCGACUUCAACCCCUUCGGGAGCAACAGCAAGGUGGGCAGUUCCCCAGUCCUCCCCAGAGGCUCCUACACCUUCGACCCGGACACGUUGGACAACUCUGCGGACCCUUUCAAACCCUCUAAAACCCUGGGUAAGGAGGAUCCGUCCAGUUCUUCCCCUCAGCCGGAGGAAAAACAGGAAGACGGAAGCAGAGGGAAAACAGACCAGCCGGCGGGGGUGAAGAAAGUUCGGCAAAGCACCAAGAAAAGCAAAGAAAGGACGGCCAAGAAGACCUGCAAAGUUGACCAGCAUGAUGAUGAUCGCCAGUCCCAGACGUGCCAGCAGGAAGAGGAGGUUCAGAGCCCGGAGAUCUCACAGCGAGUUCACCACGCCACUGACGAGGAGAAGCUGGCGUCCACGGGCAUCGUGGGUCAGACCGCAGACCACCACCAGCCCAGAGGGGAGCCGGACCAUGCCAACAAGAAGCCAAUCAUGCCCAUCGAAGAUGAUGAGGAGACCAAGAAGGUCCACUGCGAGGAGCAGAAGAACACGAGUGCUUCCAAAGAAGAUGUAUGUGAGACAUGCGAGGAUGUGACCAGUGCCAUCGACACAGAGGUUGUGUCUGCAGACAAAGUCCCCCAGAGCGAGAUGGACAAAGCUGCAGUGCUCGCUCUCAUCAGAGAUGAGAUCAUCGCUAAAGAGGUGGAGGUCGACGAGUGGAAGACAAAGUACGAGCAGAGCCGAGCUGAGGUUCUGGAGAUGAGGAGCAUCGUUGCAGAGUAUGAGAAGACAGUUGCACAGAUGAUUGAGGAUGAAGAGCAGCAGAAGACACUGUCCUGCAGUAAGUCAGUCCGGCAGCUCACCUUGGAGCGGGACCAGGCCCUGGCCGACCUCAACUCUGUGGAACGCUCCUUCGCCGACCUCUUCAGGAGGUAUGAAAGCAUGAAGGGGGUCCUGGAGGGCUUCAAGAAGAAUGAGGAGGCGCUGAAGAAGUGUGCCCAGGACUACUUGACACGCAUCAAGCAGGAGGAGCAGCGUUACCAGACCCUCAAAGUGCAUGCGGAGGAGAAACUGGAUAGGGCCAACGAGGAGAUAGCGCAGGUACGAUCCAAGGCCAACUCGGAGGGCGUGGCGCUGAAUGCCAGCCUGAGGAUGGAGCAGAUGAAGGUGGACUCGCUGGAAAGAGCCGUCGUUCAGAAAAAUCAGGAGAUUGAGGAACUCACGAAAAUCUGCGACGAGCUCAUCGCCAAACUUGGAACGGAAUAAAAUCACGUGGCAUCACUUUUCAAAGACGGGCAGAAAACAACUGGCUCAUGGUUGAGUGUGUGUGAGCAUCAAAUUCCAACACCUGCCUCCUUACAAAAUAUGGAUUCAGACCAGAACUCAACAGGACUCUUUGGCAUUUACAGGUCAUGUACAAAUAGACGAAAAAAAGACUUAUUUCAGUCAUUUUAGUAUAAAAGUGAAAUGCACACAGACUAAUGCAGGGGUGUCCAAAAUUUUUCCACUGAGGGCCGUACAUGGAAAAAUUAAAGCAUGCGGGGGCCAUUUUAAUAUUUUUCAUAUUCACAGAAUAUAUGUAUUUUUAAAAUGUAUUUUACCUUUAGGGGUCCCGGGGAACAUGAAGGAUCUCAGUUAAUAAAAUGUUGAAAAUAAGUCAAUUUUGUAUUAUUAUUUUGUAUAUAACGCUUACCGUAAAUAUCUAUAUCUGUCAGGACUUGGACUACUUCAAUGUUUAUUUAUAUAGCCCCAAAUCACAAAUGUCUCAAAGGACUGCACAAAUCAUUACGACUACGACAUCCUCGGAAGAACCCACAAAAACCCAUUGAUGACUUGGACUGUGGGAUUUUUUGUUUUUCCAACGCAAAGGAUAGUUGGCACGAGCGAGACGUGAAUGUGAGUACAUAUUUAUUUUUACACACUAUAACUAACAGAAAAAGGCAAACAAAGGGCGCUCACAAGGAAGUACAAACACUGGGCUACUGAAAACAAAACUAGCACAAUGGCAUGAUUAUAGAGAAAAACUAAACUAAACAACUGUGACAUAAUGAAACCAAAAACUUACUUGACACGAGUAGGAGGGAAACAGCAUGGCUAGGCAUGAAUGGAGUCGUGUAAUAAAGUCGCCAGGAUGACUUCCUGGCAACUUCGGGUUUAAAUAAUAGCUAAGAUAAUUACAAACAAAGGGCGCUCACAAGGAAGUACAAACACUUGGCUACUGAAAACAAAACUAGCACAAUGGCAUGAUUAUAGAGAAAAACAAAACCAAACAACUGUGACAUAACGAAACCAAAAACUUACUUGACACGAGUAGGAGGGAAACAGCAUGGCUAGGCAUUAAUGGAGUCGUGUAAUAAAGUCGCCAGGACGACUUCCUGGCAACUUCGGGUUUAAAUAAUAGCUAAGAUAAUUACAAACAAAGGGCGCUCGCAAGGAAGUACAAACACUUGGCUACUGAAAACAAAACUAGCACAAUGGCAUGAUUAUAGAGAAAAACAAAACCAAACAACUGUGACAUAACGAAACCAAAAACUUACUUGACACGAGCAGGAGGGAAACAGCAUGGCUAGGCAUGAAUGGAGUCGUGUAAUAAAGUCGCCAGGAUGACUUCCUGGCAACUUCGGGUUUAAAUAAUAGCUAAGAUAAUUACAAACAAAGGGCGCUCACAAGGAAGUACAAACACUUGGCUACUGAAAACAAAACUAGCACAAUGGCAUGAUUAUAGACAAAAACAAAACUAAACAACUGCGACAUAACGAAACCUAAAACUUACUUGACACGAGCAGGAGGGAAACAGCAUGGCUAGGCAUGAAUGGAGUUGUGUAAUAAAGUCGCCAGGAGGACUUCCUGGCAACUUCGGGUUUAAAUAAUAGCUAAGAUGAUUACAAACAGGUGUGAGACAUGAAGACAAGGUGGAAACUAAUGAGUUGGCAUGGCAACAAAGAAAGCAAGGAAGUGCAGGAACAGGAACUGAGUGCCCAAAAAAUAAAACAAAACAUGAGAAAAACAGAACAUGAUCCCAUGGGUGUGACAAUAUCAUCUUUGAAAAAAAAACAAAUUAUUUUUUUUAAUAGUAAAACUGGAAUUUGCAGUAUUUAUUAAUUAGAGCCCUAAAAGAUCAAUAAUGCAGGACACCAUUGAUUUGAAUUAUUUUAUAUUUUUGAGUAAUCACAGUGAAAAGAUAAAUAAAAUACCACUAAGUAUGUUUGGAAUCCAAAAGGUGCCCCACUCAGAAAGUGAUACAAUUUUAAUAGUUUUUUUUUUAAACUUUUAACACUUAAGUUACGAGAUCAACUUCAGAUAUAUCUGUCAAUUUUUACGUUUAAACUGUUAUUUUGUUUGUUUUCGGGUUUAAAUAAUAGCUAAGAUAAUUACAAACAGGUGUGAGACAUGAAGACAAGGUGGAAACUAAUGAGUUGGCAUGGCAACAAAGGAAACAAAGAAGUGCAGGAACGGGGACUGAGUGUCCAAAAAAUAAAACAAAACAUGACAAAAACAGAACAUGAUCCCAUAGCCGUGACAAUAUCAACUUAAAAAAAAAACACAUUUGUUUUUUUAAUAGUAAAACUGGAAUUUGCAGUAUUUAGUAAUUAGAGCCCUAAAAGGACACCAUUGAUUUUAAUUAUUUUAUAUUUUUGAGUAAUCCCAGUGAAAAGAUAAAUAAAAUACCACUAAGUAUGUUCGGAAUCCAAAAGGUGCCCCACUCAGAAAGUGAUACAAUUUUAAUAGUUUUUUUUAUUUUUUACUUUUAACACUUAAGUUACAAGAUCAACUUCAGAUAUAUCUGUCAAUUUUUACGUUUAAACUGUUAUUUUGUUUGUUUUAUGCUCUUUUGUCAAAGAAAACUUUAUUUUUAUAUUGAAACUUCACAAUACAUGCAAUAUUUACCACAUAAAACAUUUUAAAGUGAAAUAUUACUAAUUGGAGCUUUGAAAAUAAUUCAUUAUAACAUGGAUUUUUUUGUCAUUAUUUUUUAUUUUUUUGCCAUUGUUCAAAAAAAAAAAAAAAAAGACAAAAAAAUUCAUGUUAAAAGAACAUAAAAAAUAAAAAAGAACAUUAAAAAUAUUGGAAUGAGGUGAAAUCUAUCGAGAAAAAGUUGCAAUGUUGACACAAAGUUGCCAUGCGGGCUGUUUUUUUUUUCUUUUGUCUUUCAUUAUUUUUUAUUUUUUUUGCCAUUGUUCAAAAAAAAAUAAUGAAAGACAAAAGGAAAAAAAAACAGCCUGCAUGGCUGUUUUGUGUCAACAUUGCAACUUUUUCUCAUUAGAUUUCACCUCAUUCCAAUAUUUUUAAUAUUCUUUUUUAUGUUUGCAAUAGCAUUUCCAGAAUGGUAAACAAUUAGCUGCGGGCCGCACUUUGGACACCCCUGCUCUAUAUAAUGCUGUAAAAAAACUAAAACAAAUAAUAAAAUGGUUAUGUAUGACGUUAUUAUAAGUUAUAUUAAAUGAUGCAUAAUUGAGGUUA